CUUUUGCUAAGUGCAAGUCUAUGGGACAGAGUAACGCAUGUGACAGUUUUCUUAUGAACACUAUAAACACCGUGUACAUUAAAAUUUUAAUAAAGAAUGAUCAGAAAGUGUCAUCAAAGUCAUAAUAGUUAAUUUAAUAUAUCGAGUUUUGUAUGAUGAAUCAUUACCUUCACUCAUCGAUAUGACAGGUAGACAUAACCUUUUAUUUUUACCAUGUACUAUUCAGAUAAAUCAUAUUUUAAGUUGUUCCAAAAUUCUGAUAUAGAUGCUUCAAUUAAACCUUUAUAUAUAAAAUUAUCCUGUAUUGCAUACCCUGAAAAAAACCUUGUUAAUAACAGGUCAUUUAAUUUCACGUUAAGAUAUAUUGAUGAUUUUCUUCCCAUUAACAAUCAAAACUUUUCUGAUUGGGUUCCAUUAAUAUUUCCUUCAGAACUAGAAAUUAAAUAAACAACAGACACGGCUUCCUCCGCCUCAUGUUUAGACUUAUACUUUGAAUUUGACAUUAGCGGUCAUGUUAGUACCAGAAUAUAUGACAAACAAGACGAUUUUAAAUUUGAAAUUAUAAAUUUCCCCUACCUUAACAGCAAUAUGCCAACAUCAUCUGCAUAUGGGAUAUACAUUUCCCAACUCAUUCGGUAUUCAGCAGCUUGCGGCUGCUACUCAGACUAAAUAAAAGUUGAUGAACCAGGAUUAUGUCCAAUAAUGUCUCGUCCUUUUUCUGAAACAGGUCAUUGAAAGAUACCAAGACCUAGUUGAUAAAUAUAUAUUAACUUUACAAAUGAUACAUGAUGGUCUUAAAGUAUAGAUUCUCGGUACUAUAAUCUUCAUUACGUGUUAUAGUGUUCUUUUUAUUUGCCAUUGUAUAUUAUUAAACUUUACUGUUUAGUCCAGGUUUGGUAAUAUACUUUUGACAUGGCUCGUUAUUUAUACAUCCCGCCACAUUGUGUUAUUGUGCUUUGGUUUGUAUUCUUGUCUUUCAUUUUUCCUUAUGUACUUGAUCUGUAGAAUGUUCAUAUGCCAUUCUGUUUUUCUUUGUGGAACUAGUUAUUUGUUCUUAUAGUGAUACACAUUGUUGUCAAGAUAGUGGAAUUCUAUGCGACUUGCAUGAACGUGAGAGGUUUAGCUAGCUAUAAAAACAGGUUUAAUCCACCAUUUUCUACAUAAGGAAAUGGUAGUACCAAGUCAGGAAUAUAACAAUUGUUUUUAAUUCGUUUGAUGUGUUUGAGCUUUUAUAUUUGUCAUUUCCGUUUGGAGUUUGCCAUGGAGUUCGUGAUUUUUGUUAUUUUACCUUUUUCGCAUAUCCUGUUUACUAUCCCAAUGCAUGUUUAAAUAUACGGACGCAUGAUCAAAUGUGUAUAAAAUGCUUUUUUUAUUACUUACUUAUUACGAAAUAUGCUUUAAUUUGUUGAGAUUGUACUAAAAGUAUUGAAUAUUAAGAUUCACAAUUGGUAGUUUUAAUUGUCAUGCAUUCUUAAUUUUAUACAUGUAUCUUUUCAUAUGAGAUUUAACAAUAACUAUCAUAUUUGUGGUCUGCAUCAUCAUAACAUCUGGUUGAAGCAAAAUUGGACUUAGAAGUUUCAGCGUGAUGGCUGAAAUUAUAGAAUUAAUGCCUGGUUCGACGGAUACAGAAUGGAUUACCAAAUCGGAAUCGGAAUCUGAAGAUGAGGGUCGUCGAAAAACAAAGAACUUGGAAAUUCAAGGCCAUAAAAGUGUUGGUGGGAGGAUGUUACAUUGUAAAACCUUCUAUGGUUACAAAAUUACAGAUUUAAAAAGACAGUAUAUUGAAGGCGAUUGUGGUAUGUGUAUAGUUGAGUUCGGAGAUGGAUUCGCACAGAAAAAGAUUGAGGUGAUCUGUUGGGAAUCGUUGCGGUUUGGAGACAAACGAAAGUUACACAAACCGUUGACGUGUCUCAUAUUUGCUAAUCGAGAAGUAGAUGACAGAUUGAAACUAAUGGAAGAAGUCAUAUCUUUUGCAAGACAGACCAAAUUGCCUUGUCAUUUUGUAGGAACAAGAGUUUUACUGAUCUGUGAUUCUACCGAUAUUGCUUUCAUCCACUACAAGACAGAUAAAGCAAUAAUUAUGGAACUUGUAAAACAAGGAUUUCGUAGAUUCGAAAGAGUGGACAUCAAUGGAUCAUGGAAACCAGGAAACGAAAUGGAUUACUUUAAUGAAAUUGCAGAAUAUUUCUUUGGAUUGUACGUUGUACCUGUCAUUAUACCCAUUGGAAACCAUUGGAAGAGCCAAAAGAUGCAGAUACCUAUUAUUCGAUUAAAGAACGACAUGUCCGAUGUUAGUGUUUUAUGGCCGGAAGACGUUGAUCAGAGUUUUACAGAAUACACAACAGAUACUGAAAGUGAAUGGCGUUUAAAGAAAACAAAAUCAGUGACGGAUGAUUUUCCGUCUGAUAGUGUUAUGUCGGAAAACUGGUGUGACUUUGAUAUUAUCGUUUGUCAGAUGCUUAUUAGAGUUUAUAUGGACGAGGAUUUAGCAGAGCAAACAUUUAAAGAAAUACAUGCAUACAAUCAUACUGCAUUGUUCAUGUACCUUUUGAAGAAAGGGGAGUGGAAUAUUCCAAAAAAGUACAUAAAAUGGCCAAUCGAUCUGAAGAGUGCUCUAGAAUACAUAUAUGAGGAGGAGUAUGAAUAUAUAAAGGAAUUAUGGUCAAACCAGAAAUGUUUUACCGACAUGGAUUACAAACUGCCUGAUCACAAAGGUUUUACUGGACCAGAAGCAAAGCUUAUGAAUAGGGAUUCUGAAUGUUACGGUCUUGUAUUUUUGGCUUUGCUGCAUAAACAGUACUGGAUUGGUGCCCAACAGCUUGUAGACUUGGAAUAUAUUGGGAAUCAUCAUCUUCUUGUUGGGUGUGCUAUAUUAGAAGAUGAAAUCAGAAAUUGGAAAACAGCGACACACUUGAAGGAAAAACUACAACGUUUAAAAAAUGUCUUCACUGAAAGAGUUAUCUGCAUAAUUCGGCAUAUCUAUGAUGCUGAUGUUACAAAGGAACGAAAGAAACAAAUGACAAUUAAAGAGAACAAAACAGAAGAAAGAGAGCUGGGUGAUGCCAUCAAUCAUGCAGGAAGGCUUUUGUUGAAUCAUGGAUAUCUAAUGGAUGCUAUCAACAGUAAAAACCAAAAUUUCGUUGAAAACGACACAGUAAAGAAAAUCUUAAAAAAGAUGUGGUAUGGUACAGAGAAUAUAGAUGGUCAUACGACUUUUUGGUAUAUUGUUCUGUUCUCAGUCCAUCUAUUUGUGAUGCCUUUAUUAAUGAUUAACAUGGAGAUGGAUAAUCGUCUAUUACUUUGGUUUUACAAAAAGUACAAGCUGCCAUUCAUGAAAAUAUUUAUACAUUCGCUGGAAUUCACUUUUCUCCUUCUUGCAUAUGCAUACAUGUUGCUGUUUGACUACAGAGAAGAUGGAAUCACCUAUAUUGACUUUAUUAUAAUAGCGUGGAUGGCUAGUUUCUUUGUAAAUGAAACAAAACAGGUUAUUGUUGCUUUAGUAAGAAAAAGAAUCAAACCAUAUUUUCGUGAUUGGUGGAACAUAGCAGAUUGCAUUUUGAUUAUAGGAUAUACGUCUGGAAUGCUACUGAGAGCUGUUGAAGGAUCUUUUUUCCGAACUACGUCAAAAUGUUUAUUAGUUGCAAUAUUUAUGCUUAUUUGCAUAAGAUUACUCAGUUUGUACUACAUAAAUGAGUUUCUCGGACCAAAGUUAAUCAUAAUUCGAAUGAUGAUUAACCAUACUAUUGCAUUCAUGACAAUUAUGUUUGUCAUAAUGUUUUGGUACAGCGUGUCUUUUUAUGCGCUUCUAUAUCCGAAUUCUGAGGCUAGCUGGACAGAGAUCGAAAAAAUUUUAUCGAAUGGAUAUUGGAUAUUAUUUGGAGAAGUGAACUUAGAAGCUGAUACAUUGACUGAACCGAACUGCACCUUCAACAAGACAAUAUAUGAAAGUGAUGUGAGUGGAGUUUUACCGCGAUGUCCAACGAAACUUGGUUUAUACAUUACACCUUACUUAAAAGCCCUUUACGCAUUGAUAGCAGUGGUCAUAAUGCUGAAUCUUUUGAUAGCUAUGUACAGUAACAUUUUUGAGGACGUCCAUACAAAAUCGAUGAUUUAUUGGUCGGAGCUACAGACAUCUUUUCUUGAGGAAUAUAGUAUUCAAACAAUAUUUCCAAUACACCUCCAGUUACUUACCUUACCGGGAACCGUAGUUGCAAUUGUGUGGCUUCUCUGCGCAAAUCUACGACAACAGAAUUCUGACGAAACUGAUCGUACUAAAGAGCUUAAUCAUCACCCACCAUUUGUCAGAGUUUUUCUCUUUGAUUCUAAUUAUGAUUUGAAACUUAAAUCGACAGAAGCAGAGGAGACAAAGGCUCAAAGAGACCAAGGGAAAAUAGAUGUUAACACAGUUACGAGAGAACCUGACUCUAAUAGCACAAAGCAAGAAAUACAAAAGGAGAGUAAUAACAGGAUAACUCAAGAGAUAAUCAACAGACUUAAAAAUCUGGAAGGUAGCUUAACAGAAUUAAAGGAUACAAAGAAAAUGAUGAUGGACAAAUUGCAAAGUAUGGAAGAAAGUUUAAAACACGAUUCUAGAAAUGAUAUGAAUGGAUCUUAGUCUAAUGUCUUCUGUAGUCGAUCUGAAUGAUAUAAUCGUAGUAACAAUACAUCCUGAGUACAAUAUAGGGAUUUAUAAUGAGAGAGAAUUGUGCUUUUUUUCUAGAAUUUUAAAUAACCCAAUUUGAAACAUGAAUAUGUUGAUAGAGAAUUGUUUUUCUUUAAUCAAAAUAGCAUGUUAAGUAAAUGAUUGUAAUGUUCA